AUGUAUCUGGAUGAACGUUGUGUUGAGAUACCUGAUGAUGAUGUUAACUCAGGCGACUUUAAUGUGCUUCACUGGUGGAGAGACAAUCAAUAUAAGUAUAAAGUGCUUUCACAAAUGGCAGUCGAUAUCUUUGCAAUUCCUAUUACAACAGUGGCUUCGGAGAGCGCAUUUAGUGCUUGUAGUAGAGUAAUUGACAUGUACAGGUCAGCUCUAUCGCUAGAAACAGUCAAUAUGCUUAUGUGUGGAGCUGAUUGGAUGAGAACACGUUAUAAUAUGAAGAAACAAGAUGAGGUCGUCAAUAACUUAUCGCAACUCACUGCUAGCUGGGUUCAUUCACAACAUGGCCAACGCAUUCUUUUUCGCUGGGUUGCAGCUACAAGGGAUUCUUCAAAUUUGUUGGCGCAUGAGGCUGCAUUUGCUUUGGGUCAAAUGCAAGAUGCUGAAGCUAUCCCUGCUUUGGAAGCAGUUUUGAAUGAUUUUUCUUUGCAUCCGAUUGUUCGUCAUGAGGCAAUUGUUAUCCUUGUUCCAACACUAGAGUUGGCUCUUCAGACAUCACAAGUCUGUAAGGAGCUCAGAAAGCAUUUGAAAAUCCAAGUCAUGGUUACCACGGGUGGUACCAGUCUUAAGGAUGAUAUCAUGCGAUUGUAUCAACCAGUUCACUUGCUUGUUGGUACUCCAGGAAGAAUUCUUGAUCUUGCCAAAAAUGGUGUUUGCAUUUUGAAAUAUUGUUCAAUGCUUGUAAUGGAUGAGGCUGAUAAGCUUUUGUCGCCUGAGUUUCAACCUUCAGUGGAGCAGCUCAAUCGUUUUCUGCCUGCAAAGCGUCAAAUUUUGAUGUUCUCAGCCAUAUUUCCAGUCACUGUGAAGGACUUUAAAGAUAGAUGCCUGCAAAAACCAUAUGUUAUUAAUCUUAUGGAUGAGCUUACUCUCAAGGGUAUCACUCAAUAUUAUGCUUUUGUUGAAGAAAGGCAGAAAGUCCACUGCCUAAACACUCUUUUCUCUAAGAUAAAUCAGUCAAUCAUUUUUUGCAAUUUGGUGAAUCGAGUUGAACUGUUGGCAAAGAAAAUUACAGAACUUGGCUACUGUUGUUUUUACAUUCAUGCAAAGAUGCUGCAAGACCAUCGCAAUAGAGUCUUUCAUGACUUCCGCAACGGUGCAUGCAAGAAUCUUGUUUGUACUGACCUGUUUACAAGAGGUAUAGACAUUCAAGCGGUGAAUGUCGUCAUUAACUUUGAUUUUCCCAAGAACUCUGAGACAUAUCUGCACAGAGUUGGUCGAUCAGGAAGGUUUGGACACCUUGGGUUAGCUGUGAAUCUGAUUACUGACGAAGACCACUUUAACUUGUAUAGGAUUGAGCAAGAACUUGGAACUGAAAUUAAGCAAAUUCCUCCACAUAUUGAUCAGGCAAUAUACUGCCGGAUUGCAGACGCUAUCCAUUUGGAAGUCCUUAGCUCUGCGACUGAGGAAGGAAUUACGGAUUUGGAAUUGUUGGUUAAAGAUUUGUGGCUGCUUCCUGGAAUGUUUUUCCAGGUGUCCGGAUAUUCUAGCCCUAAAUAUCUAAAAGGAUUGUAA